AGCGUGGCUCCCCAGGGAGUGAGAGUCGGUGGGCAGCCGGCAGACAAUAGCAGGCAUGCUGUGUGGGCUCAGCAGGGAGAGCCCUGGGGAGUCGGACGACGGGCCUUACUCCAAAGGCGGCCAGGACACAGGCGGAGCCGAUGUCGCCGUGGCGUGCCGCAGACAGAGCAUCCCAGAGGAGUUCCGGGGGGUCACCAUGGUGGAGCUGAUCAAGAGAGAAGGCAGCACGCUGGGCCUGACCAUCUCGGGCGGCACCGACAAGCACGGGAAGCCCAGGGUCUCCAACCUGCGGCCGGGCGGGCUGGCAGCCAGGAGUGACCUGCUGAACGUGGGUGACUACAUCCGGUCAGUGAAUGGGAUCCACCUGACCCAGCUCCGCCACGAUGAGAUCAUCACCUUGCUCAAGAAUGUGGGCGAGCGCGUGGUGCUGGAGGUGGAGUAUGAGCUGCCCCCGCCCGCCCCUGAGAACAACCCAGGGAUCAUUUCCAAGACAGUGGAUGUCUCCCUCUACAAGGAGGGCAACAGCUUUGGCUUUGUCCUCAGAGGAGGCGCCCAUGAAGACGGACACAAGUCCCGCCCGCUCGUCCUCACCUACGUGAGGCCCGGCGGCCCUGCAGACAGGGAGGGCUCCCUGAAGGUGGGCGACAGGCUGCUCAGCGUGGACGGGAUCCCGCUGCACGGGGCCAGCCACGCCGCGGCCCUGGCCACCCUGCGGCAGUGCAGCCACGAGGCCCUCUUCCAGGUGGAGUACGACGUGGUCAUCCCAGACACCGUGGCCAAUGCAUCCGGGCCCUUGAUAGUGGAGAUAACCAAGACGCCAGGGUCCGCCCUGGGCAUCUCCCUUGCUACUGGCUCCCACCGGAACAAGCCUGUCAUCACCAUCGAGCGCAUCAAACCAGCCAGUGUGGUGGACAGGAGCGGGGCCUUGCAUGCAGGAGACCACAUCCUGUCCAUCGACGGCACCAGCACUGAGCACUGCUCCAUGCUCGAGGCCACCAAGCUCCUGGCCAGCGUGUCGGAGAAAGUGCGGUUGGAGAUCCUGCCUUCUCCCCAGAGUCGGCGGCCCCUGAAACCCUCAGAGGCAGUGAAGGUUCAGAGGAGCGAGCAGCCUCAUCGCUGGGACCCCUGCCUGCCUGCCUGCCACAGCCCGCGGCCCGGCCGCUGCAGGACACCCACCUGGGCCACAGCCGCCGGCCAGGACCAGAGUCGAUCCUUGUCCUCCACGCCCUUUUCCUCGCCGACCAUGAACCACGGCCUCCCCCGCACCACCCCCGGCGCCCUCCCCCGCGGCCCCCAGCCCAUGAGCCCCCGGACCACCAUGGGGCGGAGGAGGCAGCGACGGAGGGAACACAAGAGUUCACGGGGCUCAGAGGUCAGCCCGCUGCCUGCCCCCACCCCCGCCAUUCAGGGGGCUCAGAGGUGUGGGCUGCUGCAGGUGGGGGACCGUGUCCUGUCCAUCAACGGCAUCGCCACCGAGGACGGGACCAUGGAGGAGGCCAACCAGCUGCUGCGGGACGCCGCACUGGCCCGCAAGGUCGUGCUGGAGGUCGAGUUCGACGUGGCUGAGUCUGUCAUCCCGAGCAGCGGCACCUUCCAUGUGAAGCUGCCCAAGAGGCGAGGUGUGGAGCUGGGCAUCACCAUCAGCUCGGCCAGCAGAAAGCGAGGGGAGCCCCUGAUCAUCUCUGACAUCAAGAAAGGCAGUGUGGCCCACAGGACCGGAACCCUUGAGCCGGGUGACAAGCUGCUGGCCAUCGACAACAUCCGCUUGGACAACUGUCCCAUGGAGGACGCUGUGCAGAUCCUGCAGCAGUGCGAGGACCUGGUGAAGCUGAAGAUCCGGAAGGACGAGGACAACUCCGAUGAGCAGGAGACCACGGGCGCCAUCAGCUACACGGUGGAGCUGAAGCGCUAUGGGGGCCCCCUGGGCAUCACCAUCUCAGGCACAGAAGAGCCAUUUGAUCCCAUUGUCAUUUCGGGGCUCACCAAGCGAGGCCUGGCUGAGAGGACAGGCGCUAUCCAUGUUGGGGACCGCAUUCUCGCCAUCAACAGUGUUAGCCUAAAGGGCCGGCCACUGAGUGAAGCCAUCCACCUGCUGCAGGUGGCUGGCGAGACGGUCACACUGAAGAUCAAGAAGCAACUAGACCGCCCCUUCCCACCCCUCAAGUCGGGCAGCCUGAGCGAGGCCAGUGAUGUGGAUGAGGACCCACCAGAGGCACUCAAAGGAGGUCUGCUGGUGGCCCGCUUCUCGCCCGCUGUGCCCAGUGUGGACAGCGCCGUGGAAUCCUGGGACAGCUCGGCCACGGAGGCUGGCUUUGGGGGCCCAGGUUCCUACACGCCCCAGGCGGCCCCGCGGGGCCUGGCCUCCCAGGAGUGGCGGCCCAGCCGGCUGAGGGGCAGCCCCCCACCCGCAGAGCCCCGGAGGACCAGCUAUACCACCACGCCCGCAGAGGAGAGCUUCCCUGAGGAGGAGGAGGAUUGGGAGCCGCCGGCUAGCCCGGCCCCCGGCCCCGCCCGCGAGGAGGGCUUCUGGCGCACGUUUGGGGAAGCCCUGGAAGACCUGGAGUCCUGCGGUCAGUCAGAGCUGCUCAGGGAGCUGGAGGCGUCCAUCAUGACGGGCUCUGUGCAGAGUGUGGCCCUCGAAGGCAGGCCUGGCCGCCGGCCCUGGCGCAGGGCCCGGGAGAUGCGGGCCUCCCCUGAAAACAGGCAGGAGCUGCUGCUGCCGACUCCCCUGGAGAUGCACAAGGUGACCCUGUACAAGGACACCUUGCGGAAUGACUUUGGGUUCAGCGUCUCAGACGGUCUCCUGGAGAAGGGCGUGUACGUCCACACCGUGCGCCCCGACGGCCCAGCUCAACGUGGGGGGCUCCGGCCCUUUGACAGGGUCCUUCAGGUCAACCACGUUCGCACACGGGACUUCGACUGCUGCCUGGCAGUGCCGCUCCUGGCCGAGGCGGGCGAUGUCCUGCAGCUGGUUGUCAGCCGGAACCCCCUGGGCCAGAGCGGCCGAGCCCCCCGCACACCAGGCCCCGGCAGCCCCCGGAUGCUCUGAAGUCGGCCUGUGGUCCAGACACCCCGGGGGCUCCCCGACCUGUAACCGCAGGAGAAGCGGCCACCCACGCGUCCGUCAGUCGGUCUGGCAGGCACUGGGCUGCCGCCGAUGGCCUUGGUCUGCGCUCCCCAGUUCUGGGGUGGUCUGGGCGCCAGGCAGUGAGAUCUCUGCCCCAGUGGGGUGACGUCUAGAUCUUUCUCCAUGUCGGGUCUCCAAGAAGCCUGGAGGUGGCUCGCUCAAGGGGCCAGCACGGGCCACUCGGCGUUCCUCGGAAGCAUGUCUGCUGUGAGCUGAGCCCGGCUCCGUGUGGGGAGCGCUUUCUCCAGCAGAGCUGUGGAGCGGGAGCGGGGCACCAGGUCCCCGUCACAGGCGGGCAACAGCAGGAGCCGGACUCCCCCGGGCCUUCCCUGACCGCGGUGCCGGGCAGCAGAGAUGUGUUCUCGCCUGCUCGGAUGCCUGGUUUCCUGGUGGGAGCUUCUAGGGGGGGGCGUGGGGGGCAGUGGGCGUGGGGGGCACUCUCUGCAGGGCCGUGGGGCCGUGGCGUCGUCCAAGGCUGCCUCCCUACCCCUAGAACUCCGGGGCCGCGGCUCGUGUCCAUGCUGAGCUGGGGCGGCCGAACCCCCCUGGUUCGGAAAGUCAGUGAUUCCGGGGGGCGUCUGUCUGCAGCCCGACCCCCGGCGGCUCCCCGGCCGCUCUAACCUCCCAGGCCUCCUGCCUCUGGUGGACAGGUGGCCGCUGGCCCCUCUGCACACCCUCGGCGCCCAGCCCCUCCCUGAAAGUGGAAAGCACGGGAAUGACGUGGGGGGUGGGCCCCCCCCGUGCGGUGAGAUGGGGGGGGAGAGACGGGGCGGCGGCUGACCCGGGCCCUUCCCUCGUUCGCACACGGCAGUGUCCAAAGUGGUCACUCCACGUCUGUCUUCACUUAAACCCUGGAAGCACCAGCACCCCUUGAUACCACUGCUCCCAUUUUCCACAGGCCAGACCCCUUUGCUUUUGAGAAGGGCUUGGCCCCUCCAGCUGGUGGCUGGGGCUGUGGCCCUGGGAGGGAGCAGGUCAGGUGGCAUCUGGCCAGGUCUGGGGAUGCGCUGGUCUCACCACCUUUUUUUUUUUUUUAGGGUUUAUUUAUGUAUGUGUACAAGAACUGGG